AAUCACAAUUUGUUUGGGUUUGAGGCCAGACAGACGGACCAAUAAAUUUUAAACAAAGGACCACGUUUCAGGACAUUCAUCCCGAGGUCAACAAGCAGCAGACUCAAGCCAGACGGUUAAGUGAAAGUUUUUCUGCUGCCAGUCGCAUUUCAAGAGCAGCAGCGACCAGACAUGAAUAAGCGCAACAACAUACGGCUGCCGCCGGAGGUGAAUCGGCUGCUGUAUGUGCGUAAUUUGCCAUACAAAAUCACAUCAGACGAAAUGUACGAUAUAUUUGGCAAAUUUGGUGCUAUUCGUCAGAUACGCGUUGGCAAUACGCCGGAGACACGCGGCACUGCGUUCGUUGUCUACGAAGACAUUUUCGACGCCAAAAAUGCAUGCGACCAUCUGUCCGGCUUCAAUGUGUGCAACCGCUACCUCGUCGUUCUCUACUACCAGUCCAACAAGGCCUUCAAGCGUGUGGACGUGGACAAGAAACAAGAGGAGCUCAACAACAUCAAGUCCAAGUACAAUUUGAAGACGCCGGAGGCAUCCUAAGAUCAUAAGAAUGCUAUGCAGUAGUUGCACGUCGUAAAUGGUUCAUUGAACUCUUUCCAAUUUUGUACAAUUUUACCAAUGCUCAAAAACUGCUUUAGAACCAAAAUUUGCUAAACUAUUUGUC